CCGCAAGUCGUAAGUGAACCAACGUCCGGUGUGUGACAUUACGAUUCGUGAUCAUUCGUGAGGAAUCCUCACAAAUCCUUGUGUACUAAGCUUAAAGUUGACUCCGCCUCGUACUAACCGGUCCAAUGUCCUUCCCGGUGCGUCGAAACGAUCCACCCUCCUCGUCUACUGAUGCUGCCCAAUUCCAUCCCAAAGCUGACGAGCAUCCCGAUGAUCGACGGUACAACUCGUCUGCAUCGUCGGACACGUCUACCUCAUCGUCCGACUACGAGUAUCUAAAUCUCUUCCACAAACUCGAUCAUCUCAAGCGAUCCCCGCUGGCAGGAAUGUACAAUGUAAUAGUGCACAAUGGUCCGGAGAUAGUUGUACGGAACAGUGCCGUAUCUACUGCUUCCAUAGCUGACGGUGGGGGUGAUGAGACCGCAAGAAAAAUUACCUCUCCAACCAUUACCAUCACAUCACCACCGUCAGCAGGAAACCUACAAGAAAUUGCACCCCAACAACCAUUAUCUCCACCAAACCAAAUCCAAAAACCAUGCCCCGAAACCCAACCGGAAGUUCACGUAAUCGGUAGAGAUAUACGCGAAGAGAUGCCACCAGUAGCAACGCAACGCCCGUACGUGGAGAUCACGGAACAGCCCCAUCCGAAGGCGCUACGGUUUCGCUAUGAGUGCGAAGGACGUUCCGCCGGUUCGAUUCCGGGCGUCAGCACGACGGCCGAACACAAAACGUUCCCCAGCAUACAGGUGCACGGGUACCGGGGACGGGCGGUCGUCGUAGUGUCGUGCGUCACCAAGGAAGGUCCCGAUCACAAGCCUCAUCCGCACAAUCUGGUCGGUAAGGAGGGCUGCAAGAAGGGUGUCUGCACGGUGGAGAUCAACAGCACCACCAUGAGCUACACGUUCAACAAUCUUGGUAUUCAGUGCGUCAAGAAGAAGGACGUCGAGGAGGCACUUCGUUUACGUCAAGAGAUUCGGGUCGAUCCGUACAGAACUGGAUUUGGUCACGCUAAGGAACCUGGUUCGAUCGACCUCAACGCCGUCCGUCUGUGCUUCCAGGUAUUUCUAGAAGGGCAACAGCGAGGACGCUUUACGGAACCGCUCACACCGGUUGUGUCGGACAUUAUCUACGACAAGAAGGCCAUGUCCGAUCUGAUUAUCUGCCGGUUGAGCGACUGCUGUGCGCCCGUGUCCGGUGGCAAGGAGAUCAUUUUGCUGUGCGAGAAGGUGGUGAAGGAAGAUAUUAAGGUGCGAUUCUUUGAGAAGAAGGGCAAUAUUACGGUCUGGGAGAACUAUGCCGAGUUUUCGCACACCGAUGUACACAAACAGGUUGCCAUCAGUUUCCGAACGCCACCGUACAAAGCGAUCGAUAUCAGUGAUCCUGUGAGGGUUUACGUGCAGCUGGAACGACCAUCGGACAACACCUACUCGGAUGCUCGCGAUUUCCAGUUCAUACCGCUAGACUCAGGUAGGCGCCGGUUCUCGGCACUGCACCGUGAACUCAUGAAAAAUCCCAACGCCGAUUCGCCCGAGAAUCAGCUCUUCAAGCGCAUCCUGCUCGAGGGCUCGAACCGGUCGGCCCUGGAGCAGCAGGUUAAGCCCAUCAAUGGUCCCGCACCGUCCCGCUCCGAGGAGGUGAUCGUACUGGACACUCCCAACGUGGAGGACAAACCGUUCGUAGCGGAAACGGUAACCAGCGAUCAGAAAACGACCGAAUGGAUACAACGAAACGAAUUCAACGUGACACCCAACAAUGGAAACGCCAUUGGCGAUGGUGGUGGAUCGUCCGGCGAGGACAAUCAGAUGAUCACCGGCGACACUAACAACAAUGUCUAUCCUGUGCCGGAUGAUGAUCAAACGCUGAAAGAGCUGUUGGAGCAGGUGGCUGAGCUGGACGAGAUCUACACCGAUCAUCAGCUGCGACGCGAAAAUUUGAUCCUGGAGCAGGAGUUGAAAACUCUGGAACAAACGGUGCCCGUCCAGCUCGGAUCACCCGGCGGACAACCGAUGGACAUUGACGAGGUGUUUGAUGAUGCUGCCACCUACACUAGCCUUCAGCGGGCAUUCAAGAACCCACUCUCGAUCACGCUCGGUCCACCGAUACCUCCACGUCCGGAGCACGCCAAGCUGGACGCAGGAGUGUACGAUGCGGUGGAACCACUGCACGUGCCCACCAUCGAUGUAACCUCGCUGAAGCGUGAAUCGCAGGAAAUGGAAAAGCUACCCCCAUUGCCACCGAAGCGUGCCAAACCGAGCGUUCAGAAUAAGGAAAACAAUGCGCUGGAUGCCAACGACGAGGUGCUGCUGAACACGAUCAUACGCAAGGGUUCGAUGCGCAGUUUGGCACCACGUCCACAGUCCGAUCAGAUCAUCAUCAUGAAGUCUCCCGAUAGUCCGCUCAACAAGAAGUUGCCUCCAACGCCACCAAGCUCACCCACCAAGGGUUCUUCGGGUGCUGGAGCAACGGGAGCGGGUGACUUUAGCACGCUGCCCAAGAACAGCAACAAAAAGCCGGGCUUUUUCUCCAAGCUGUUUUCACGCAAGAAGAGCAAAUCGGAUCUGACCGCUAGCACGAACACGCUUAACCGCAAGAACGCAUCCAAAGAGCCGAGUCUUACGGUAGACUUUGAGGGGGGCGAGGGACAGUCACCGCAACGGAAGGGAUCGCUGCGUGAUUCGUCGGGUGAGAAGAGGAAGACCGGCAAGCCGGUUGCUCGAAGCGUUAGCAGCGUAAGCGCUCGACGACCAACGUCAGAUGCCAAUCCGGAUUACAUCUACAUCCCGCUGAAGGGCGACGGGCCGACGGGCGGUAUGCAGUCGCGCAACGGUGGCAGUGGAACGCACCUGUCGCUUCCGGGCAAUGACUCGUACGAGCGGGCCAGUACGGCUUCACUGCCACCGCUCGACCGUAAAGCGGUCAGUGCCUUACAGUUGGAUGUACCGAUUCAGGACGGUAAUCUGGAGCUGGUCGCGAUUGCUGAUGCCCGCAGCAUAAAGAAUCUGGUCGAGGGCAACUACGGCGUGCAGCUGGACCCGAACGUGGACCUAACGGAGGCGGAACACUUUGCCCUGUACACCUCGAUCGCACCGAAUGCCGCGCUAAGCGAGUUUGAUGAAACUUCCUGCUACUAUGCACCGGUAGAACCAAGUCCUUUGGCCACCAGCUCCCAACAGUAUGCGCAGAACCAGCAACAGCAGCAGCAGCAACUGCAGCACCAGAGCCAAAUAACACGGAUGGUCACCGACAGUGAUGUUUGAGAGGAACUGAUACACUUUAUUUUUGAUCCCCUUUUGUGCCCGGAGCUACUCCAGAGCAACGAUUUCUUAAGCAUAUCAUAGCAACGAUCGCUACCCGCGUUCUCAUCAGCGAACAUAGUUACCUUUGCCACGGCACAGCUGUACUAAUGUAAUUGUUCUCGUUCUUUUUUUUUUUGCUUUUCGGUUAUCCCGCUCUCCACAUAAACACAUACACGCGCGCGCGCACACCCAAAACUGCUUGAUAAACUGAUGCUCUGUCAAAAAAAAACCC